GUUGCUUUCGACUACGCGACCCAUUAAUCGCUCGCUGUGCAUUCGAAAGUCACUGAUCGAAGGGGCGAAGAAAACAGCCAUUGGCUUUGGUGAAGUGGCCGACAAGUAAGAUAUCAAACAGCUAACCAAGCCGCAAGCCGUUCCACGGCUCGUAGUAGUCCUAAACUUGUCCCUUCUACCGACGCGAACCGCCAACAUUCGCAAGGUGCGGAACCCAAGCGGAGGAACCCGCAACGACCCAGUGAGGAUGGACCGAAACAUAGGUCGGCAAGGACCAAUGUCCAUGUCACCGGGCAUGAUGCGGAGACCUGGCGGAAUGCAAACGGGCUCGAACCGGGAGGCGCAUUUAGCGACCUCACAGAACCACUCGUCGUCCGCGCCGUCCUACCAGUCACAGCCCCCCGGUCUAGGGCCGGCAGCUGGCGCACUGAACAACGGCGGUAGUUCGCCACCGACAUCGUCCUCUCCAUCGGCGAUGGGCUCGUCUUCGUCAGUGCACCAUCAUGCACUGCAGCAGCAGAACCAUCAGCAAGCGCCACAGUCGCAACACUCGCAGCAUGACGAGCUCAUUCGAUACAUAAACGAAGCCUGGAAUAGUAUAACUACCGACAAGAGCCAGAAUCCUCCAGUAUUCUACAAGAGUGCACCUGAGCCACGGUUGCCCGGGUUCACACCGUUUGAUCUAGAAGGUUGGUGGGGCCAGCGGUUGGUGCACCAGAUCAACCUAGGUGCUCACGGACAUCAGUGAGGGGCGUCCGACGGCCACGGAUCGCAUACUAAGAUCGCCAGAUUGUUCAUGGAAGGUCAUCUCCAUUGCCUGCCUUGUUUUGUUUUCUAUCGUUUGCCUUCCUGUUUAUACCUUUCGCCCAAAACGCAACCUCAAAGAGAAACCUCAUUCCCCCACAAAAUCAAGAAAAGACCAUUUCAAAACAACAACCGACCGUCACCAGUAACCGCAAACUCCGGACGAACGGCGAACGGUUGACUAAUUGAAGUUCGUCACGAAGGUUUGGUUUCUACUCCUUGUUUGGGAGGUAGAUUUGCGUGGCUAUGUCCAAAGUUUUACUUCAUAUUUUGUUAUCAAACAUGAAAGUGGAAUCACCAGGGCGCUGGUGAUAGCACGUUGCUGAUUAUCGCGUUAGACAGAAGAUUUACGACUUUUAAAGAUUAGUUUGCAAUUUUUCUACAUGAUUUACUAAUUAUUUUAAACUGUUUUCUUUUAUGAACCAAGCAAGAUAGGUAAGGUGGGUGAGCGAGAUGGAUACGACAGCGAGUUAAAGUAAUACAAUAAGAUAAAUGGAAGAUGAUGGAUUGACCGAGAAGGUGAAAGAAUGCGUCGUUCUGUGGAAAGCGAGGAACAGUAGGAAAAUACAACUAUUAUUUGUUUGGUUUUCUUAAUCUAUUUUUCAUCGAGGAACUUUUAGCUAAGCAGUAAAAUCUGAAAGUAGAGCACAACAGCAAUGAUUUGGUUCCGUUCCGUUCUAUCCCUGUUCUAUCUCCUUUGAGGGUAAUGUAAUUGUAAAAAGAUGCGACCUCCAUUGACGUGCGUGACAGCGAACAUAGGAAUAAGCAUGUACAUGAAUUCCUUCGCACUUUCACAACAAACGUUAAAUAAUGCAUGGGAAGGGAUUGGCACUGUAAUAAAAAUAU